AUGGAUCAAAUAGAGGAAAGUGGAGAAGAUUCGCAGGCACCGGAAUCCACCUUUGAGGAUGAUCUGGUACCAAAGGAAAUUACGGAUGAGUUUUUCGAAGAGCUUUGCUCCAAAGCUAAUCUGACUGUAAAAGAUCUACAAGGCAACGGACAGUAUGGGCUGGCAGAAGACUUUCAGAAACUGCUCAUUACGGGUCAAAAUUUGCGCCAGCAGCUCAUCGAAGAGCAGGACCGCAUUGCCAAGAUGCAAGAUGAAGUGUUGGCCGCAUCGGGACGCGUAGCGCAGGCGAUGCAGCUGUCCCAACGUGACCAAGACACCAUACAAACGUUAAAAUCGGAAAUUCAGGAUGCCUGGAAGCGUGCGGAUGCGGCACAAACGCGUGAACAGAACGUGCAGGAAGCGAUGAAUCAAAUGCGUGAAAAGCUUGAAAAAUUGCAUGCCGAAAGCGAUCGAUAUGGUGACCGUGACGAUGAUGUCGGUUCUACGAUGAACAAACAUAAGGAAGGUAUCAUGCGUGAAAGGGAUCGCUUGUAUGUGGAAGUGGAGGAACUGAAUCGUCGUCUGCACACCCAACGCCUGUACAUGGAAGAGCUGGAACAGAAAUGCUUCGAAUCGGAAACGAAGGUAAAGGAGCUUUACAAGGUUCUGGAUGAGACGUCCAACGAAGCCUUCCGGGACAAACGCCAACUAGAGAGUCUGCAAGCACAGCACACCGAGGUGACGGCUGAGCUAGCGACAAAAACGGAAGAAGCCAAGCAUUUUAAAGUGUUAGCAGAAUCGAACCACAAAACCACCGUACAGCAGAGCAUGCAAAUGGCAGCGAUACGCACCAACUUGGAGCGCAUUAUGACCACUAACAAUCUGACUCAGGUGAAGCUGGCAAAGGCUCAGGCGGAUUUUGAUAACAUGGUGCAGCUUAAGGAAAAGGUGACCAACGAGUUCAAUACGAAGGUGAACAUCCUAAAGCUGAAAGAAGACGAAAACAACAAAUUUCGGUUGGAAAAUGCUAAGUUGCUGAAAACCCGGGAAUUGCUGCAGAAGCGUAUACAAGCGAUUGAAGCAACUAAGGGCACUCUUGAGCAGGAAGUGGCUAAAUUAAAGAAUACAAUCGUAACAUUUGAGAAGGAACGGGAUGCUUCGAAAAAGUCGUUCGAUAUGGCUAGAAAGCAGGUCGAUGCUGUUCUCCGCGAAAGAGAUCUUGUACGGAAAGAUCUUGUAAAGGCAAACAAAACGAUUACCGACCAAACGGAGCAAAUGACGCUGCUAGAUAAGCAUCAGAAAACGUUGGAGAAUGAAAUUAAAGCUCACCAGGCCGCGGCACAAAAACAGCAAACGUUAAUGUUAAAGAUAGAGAAAGAUCGUGACCGUAAUGCGGAAGAGGUGCAGAAUUUGUCCGAUCGUAUCGAGCAAUUGAACGAGGACUUGCUGUACAAACAGAAUCUGAUCGGUGAUUUGCGCGAAAAGCUAAAAGAAUGUGAAGCCAAACUUUUCCAAUGCCAAAAUCUGCUGGAAAUCACACGUGGUGAGCGGAACAUUUUCGAGCGCGAUCUGACGACCUGUAGCAAAGAAACCGAAGGACUGAAGGAAAGGCUGAAAAAUGCAAUCCGCACGGUGGACCAGCUGAAGGAGGAAAAUGGCAACAAGGUGGCAGAACUGUUCAAGGCAAACAAAACGAUCGAUAAAGUGGAAAAGGAAAAGCAAUCGCUCAAAACCGACGUGCAGAACAUAAGCAUCGCUUUGCAGCAUUCAAAAUCGGAAUUGAGUGAAAAGACGAACGAAAAUGUGCGGCUUAAUAAGACCCUUUCGGACGAUGCAACGAAUAUGACACGUUUGAAGAAACAGCUGGAAGGAGCCAUCAACGAAAAAGAUCUCGUCACAGUACAGCUUACUCAGCGCGUGGAAGAAAUCAACAAUCUGACGGAAAAGCUAAACAUGCUUAACAUGGCACUGGACCGUGGCGAAAAUCAGUACCGCGACCGGUUGGACGACAUUCGGCUGCUAAAGAUUGAAAUUAGCAAUCUGCGAUCGCAGCGCAAUCUAUUGACACGUGGCCUAGCCAAUACGGCCGACAUGCGUCAAGAAGUUUUGCAGCUGAACCGCGUGCUUAAUCAGGAACGCGUGAAGGCUCGAGCGCUCGAGGAUGAAAUGUUAACCCCGAUGAACGUGCAUCGUUGGCGAAAGUUGAGCGGCAAGGAUCCGGAAAAGAUGGACCUUAUUGUAAAGGUGCAAACGUUGCAGCGUCGCGUACUCUACCAAUCGGUUACUGUAUCCGAACAGGAGAAAACGCUACAGCAAUCGGAAAAAAUGUAUGAAGCGUUGAAGGAGGUAGUAGAGAAAUUACCGAGUCAUAAAGUUCAGGAACGACUGUCCGCCACACAGCGGGCACUCACAGCGCGCACAAAGAAACUGAAAGCUCUGGCGGCAGAAAUUCGCAUCAAGGAGCUCGACUGCAAAUCUAAAGAUUGUACUCUGGAACAGCUGAAGCAGGCCCUGCUAGAAACCAAGAAAGAGCUGGUGAAACAGAAACGUGAAAAAAUAAAACUCGUCGAAAAUAUUCGUGGCCAUCGUGCAGAUGGUCCUGCCCUGACGGGGAACAAUGCGAGCAGUGAUAUCAUCGUGAUCCGCACCACCAGCCAGACUGCGCACUCGUCAAGCUAUCGUACGCUCGGUUCUGGGUUUAGGGCAAUCUGCUAGGUUGUAACCGCGACAAACACCAUACGAACAGCGUUGUAAAGUAUUUGUG